AUGUCAGACGGACUCAACCAAGCCCGAGCCCUAAGACUGGCAGAGAUUAUCAACGACUACCGCACACUCCUUUUGCACAUCCCUCAGCAAAACGUCCAAGUUCCGGCCGAUGACUACUACGAAGAAGGAUUCGUCGUGAUCCGGGAGUCCCUGGCCGCCGCCCAGAACCUGAUGUCAUCCAGCUACAGCCCCAGCAUGCCGGCCAACCACGGCAGCACUGCCGAAACCGAGAAAGCAGAGCUAAGAAGGGUCAUCCUUGACGGAAGUGCUCGACGAUUCCAAGCUCAUCGCAUUUACCUGCGAGCGGCAGCCGCAAAGCGAUGGGCGAUGCAUCGCGCCAACCUCCUCCGAGGCCAGAGACCGGGUCCUCAACAUGCGUCGCAACUUAAGGCCAUCAGCAAUACAUUCCGACAGGUAAUGACAUACAUGCAUCCGAUUCAAUCUAUCUCAAACAAGCCCGGUGGACUGACGAGUGACAACCCUUGGCAGGAACUAGCUCAGGUAACGAACCAACACGUUGUUGCCGAUCUUCGAGCCGCUGAUGUGCGCGCUGGCCAUUGGCUUGACGAUGAUCCGUCCCUGGAGAUGAUCCUGAACUGGAUCCGUUCGAAUCCAUGA